AAUGUCAUUGCUGGAAUUCCCACCGCUGAACUCUUCCGGAAAACCGUAUGCUAUCCAGGAAUUCAACGGUCGUAUAUUGAGUGGAAGUCUAGCCGAAUUUCAGGCAAUGGCAAAAUGUGAAUCGAUGUCUGAUUAUCCAUUUAUCGAGCGAGCGCAUCUCAACAGCCUCCAACAUUCCAUAUCUAAAAACAAUUUGACAGGGGCUUUCGUCUUCCGAGAAGCUGAUCAACUAAGUCAAGCUCUCGAUCGAUGGAAAAAAGAUGGUAUAGUAGGCGUGAUCGACUACGUCGCAGACAUCACCGAAGACGGUAAACUUUGGCCAGUUGCACAUCUCAGUCGCGGUGUUGUUCAUAUUCGAGAUGGAUUUGCCAGAAUAGCGUCGCGGCUUAUCCCUUCACUUAGUCAGGAUAGCAACUGGUUACGGUGUGUGGCUGUGCACGACGAAGGGCGACGUUUAGCUAUUUGUCAGAACAACGACUAUAUUCGAGUCUAUAGUAUAGGACGACCUCAGAGGGCACCAUCAACUUUAAGACAUCCACUGCAGACGAAUGUAACCUGUAUGGCUUGGGAACCUUUCGACCAGCGUGUGCUUGCGGUUGCAGUCAGUGACAAAAUUCUUAUAUGGAGACUGAAUACAAAGGGGGCCAACAUAAACCAAAUUAUUUGGGAUCGUACGACUACAAACGCAAUUUUAGCCACGUCACCCAACAGUGGGAAGAUUAUGGUAGACCGGCUACUGGACUUUGAAGUCAUAACAUUUCAUAUUGUUGACGUUUCCACUGGCGAAGUUGAUUCAUUCGGUGCUUGGUCAGGCGGCAAUAUAACUAAUGUGGUCCCGACUGCAGAUGGCCAGCGGCUUGUUGUUUUGUAUACUGGAAACAUUAUUCGGUACAUUGUUCGUGGUAAAAGUAAUUCUUCGCUUGUACUACUUUAUGACCGCAGUACGUGGCGUGAGGAACGAUGGAGUGGACUAGCUGGACGAGCGGUCAGCGCAGUAUGGUCGCCUACAGGGUGUUGCUUACUGUUUUCUUCAGAAAACAGUCAUCAGAUUUAUUCCAUUGCGUUUUCGGCGAAAAAUGAAGUCAAUGAAGAUGGAAUCUUCGAAGCAUAUGGGUUUGGAAACUACUUCCAUAUUAGAGUAUCCGAUUUAAGCAGGUGGAUUGGCGACACUCAUGCAAUUCCAGUUUUCGACUUAUCGCCAGUAGAGUUUGAUCCUUCGGAGGUUGAAAUUGAGGGAGCUGUUGAAAGGUUCUUCAUCUCUCACCUUCUAAUUCGACCUUAUAAUGCCUUACGUUGUACUUUCUCUAAGUCUCUAAGUAGUGAAAGGUAUUUCAGAGCAAUUGUUACCAUAGGUGGAAAGGUGCACUGCAUGACACUGAGUCCUGAUGGACAAAGGUUAGCCAUAAGUUUUGCAGAUAUUACCGUCGUAUUUUCAGACAAUCCAGGUGUUGUUGCUGUUUUUAUCGUGGAUUGGCUUCCAACGGUCAGGCUUACUCCUGCAUCAGCAGCGAAAAUAAUUUCUCGCGUGUUCAGCGGUUUCGUAGAAGCACCCAUGUUUGGAUGUCCGUCGAUAAUUUUCUUCCUCCAAAAAUUUAACAGCGGUUCGAUGUUAACUAUUGUGUGGUCUGAUGGUUGCAUUCAAUAUUUGCCUCUGAUUUAUGGUCCCAAGUCUUCAUUAAAUUUCAAUUCGAGGACGAUUUUAGACGAAAUAAGCGAUCGGUCAAGUCCAGGUAACUUCCGCCACAAAUUUUGGUAG